AAAGCCUUUCAGUUCGCUACAGGACCAUUUUUAAUCUGAACCGAACCACCCCUUUUGCUUUCUUAGCCAAAUCACCAAAAUGUCCAGAUAGAACAAGAACUCAGCAUUCUGCAAAAACAAGUUAACAGCUGAGAAGAAACAUUCUGAAAUGGAUCCCAAAUAUUUCAUCUUAAUUUUGUUUUGUGGACACAUCAGUGAGACAUUUUCCUCAGUGACAGAAGCAAUUUCAACAGAGAAGCAACCACAGUCUACUUUAUUUAGAUCAUCAAGGCCACAUAAUUCAGCUAAUUCUCAAAACACAACAGGGAAUCCUCUAAGUCAACCAACACAACUCAACCAUGUUUCUCCUGCACAACCAAUACCAACUGCCAAUGUUGCUGCUGGGCAAACACCACCAGUUGCCUAUGCUUCUGAAAAACCAGCAGCACACACUUCUGCUGGGCAACCACCUGCCUAUAAUGUCACCAGCCGACCAGUACCAAUGGACAGAACCUCCUCCCACCAAACAGCAGUACCCGUGUUUACUUCUGCUGGACAUCUACCACCAACUGCCCAUACUUCUACCAAACAACUGCCACCAUUUGUCUAUGCUUCCACUCAACAACCAUCAUCAUCAUCCUCUUCUAGAAAACCAAUACCACCUGUUCAUAAUCCAUCUAUACAACCAACACCAAGUGUCAAAAGCUCGCCUAGAAUGACUCCAGGAUUCAUCCUAGAAACUACCAGUAGCAAAAAUAUCUCACACACAACCAAUUCUAAUUCAAUAGCGGCCAUAUUAAUUGGCAUAAUUCUGACUUCUAUGUUGGUAUCUAUAAUCAUAAUUGUACUAUGGAAAUGCUUGAGAAAACCAGUUUUAAAUGAUCAGAAUUGGGCAGGCAGGUCUCCCUUUGCUGAUGGCGAAACCCCUGACAUAUAUAUGGAUAACAUUAGAGAAAAUGAAGUACCCACAAAACGUACAUCAAUUGUUUCACUUAUGCCUUGGAAACCAAGCAGAAGCACACUCUUAGCAGAUGACUUGGAAAUUAAGUUGUUUGACUCAAACGAACACAUUGAAGAUUCCAACAACCCCAAAACAGAGAAAAUAAAAGAUCAAGUAAAUGGUACAUCAGAGGAGAGUCCUGGUGGAUCAACGGUUGGCACUGCUGUUUCUUCUUCAGAUGAUGCAGACCUGCUUCCACCACCUCCCCCACUUCUCGAUUUGGAAGUACAGGAGAGUAACCAAUGUGACGAACCCACAACGACAAUUCUAUCUCCUCUUCCAAACGAUUCCACCAAUCUCCCCCCGCCUCUGGAUUGUCUCAAUCAAGUCUUUGAAGAUCGUAAUUCUGAGUUACAACAAACAUUUCCACCUCCACCUGACUCACUUAACUUGCCCCCGGCACCAGGAGAUUUCACGAAAAGCCAGGAAGAUUCCAACAAUGAGAUCUCUAUUCCUCCUGAUUCUGAUCAAGAUCACAGUGAAUACUUGCCACCCCCACCCGAGGAACUGUUAUAAAUAUUCUAACUUGCUUUUUAGCUGACUUUCCAUCUUUCUUAUGGAACUCCAUCUUUUGUUUUUCUUUAUGUGAUGAUGGCAACUCAUAGCCAAUUUUGAUUUUUAUUCAGGAACUACCUGAAAUCUGCUCAAAGCCCAUAUGCAUAAGGGGAACUUAUUUUUAAAAAAUGAUACAACAGUGAUCUAUUCACUGGCUAUUGUACCUAACUUUAAUGUAUAGGACAUUUUACAUAUGUAUGUAAAUAACUUAACCAUUUUGGAAACAAGCAAUCUACAUACAUUUAAUACAACCUAAUAGAUAUUUUUCCCCUAAAAAGCUAUGUAUAAAGUUACCUUGAAUAAAUAACAUUUUGUUUCUUCCAUUCCAAAGUUGGAGGUGGGGGGGAGAAUGAGAAAUUAA